AUGUCCUGGCUCAGAUCCCUCCAGUCCAAAGGCAAAGGCAAAGCAAAGGCCUCCGGCUCCGCCCCCCCGUACCCUCUCCCUGGCACCGACGCCCCGCCCGCCUGGCAAGCCGCGCCCGAGGAGAUGCACGCCGACGGCCUGCGCUCGGAAGCCCCCGAGGCGGACUGGCACGCCGGCGAGGCCUUCUGCGCCGCGCACCCGCCCGACCCGCCGCGCCUGCUCCCCUCCGCGGACGUCGAGCGCAUCCGCGCGCACGGCUGCGGCGCGUGGCGGCUCGCCGCCCCCGACCCCGCGCGGUUCCGCGGGCGGCUCGCGAACGGCGGCGCGCCCGGCAAGCACGGCGUCGUCGCCGUCGAGAGCGCGGCGGACUGCCCGGAGACGGUGCUCCUCAGCGACCUGCCGCUCCUCGCGGGCCUGUACGACACGCGCGGGCAGCCGGGCGUGUACUUCGAGGUCAAGGUGCUCCGGAUGGACGACGAGGCGGUCGUCGCCGUCGGCACCGCCUGCCGCCCCUACCCGCCCUUCCGCCUCCCGGGCUGGAACCGGCUGAGCGCCGGCCUGCACCUCGACGACGUCCGCAAGUUCUUCGAGGACCCGUCCGGCGGGCAGACGUACGCGCCCGGCUCCGCGCUCGCGCGCGCGGGGCGCGCCGCCGCGGGCGACACCGUCGGCGUCGGCUUCGCGUGGGCGACCGGCGCGCUCUUCUUCACGCACAACGGCGCGCGCCUGCCGGACGCGUACCUGGGCGCGUACGCGCCGCGCGCCGCGCACGACGUGUACGCCGCGGUGGGCGUCGCGGGCCCGGGCGUGUGCGCGCUCGAGGUCAACUUCGGGGCGCGCGAGUUCGAGUGGAAGGAGGGGAACGACUGGAAGGUGCAGGCGCACGUCGGGAUGAUGCCCGGUGGGGGUGGGGUGGAGGACGAGCUGCCGUCGUACUCUGCGGCGCGGCGGGACAGGAGGGUCGAUGCUUGA